UGGAAACACAACCGCUUGUCUCCUCUCCUGCAGAGUUAAAGCCUGCUGCCAGGUGCAGACUCAGAAAGGUUGUGUGCUGCACACAACCCCAAGACAACAUUUUCAAGCAAUAUUUGCAAAAAAAUCUAUUGUGCGUUGUUGAUGUGGAUGCAAAUGCUGGAUUACUCUGCUGCUUUUAGCUGCUGGUCAAGCUGGUGAAGGCAUGCCUUUCCAGUUUUCCCAAUGGCACGGCGGUCACAAAUCCAGGUUCUCCACUUCCUUGAACAGUCAACACUGGAGGUUUCUGAAGAGCAAUUUGGAUUAUUCCAGAGAGGACUUCCUUCCUGUAAAUGAGGGUAUCAUCGCCCAGCCAGCGAGGAGACCUGACCCUCUUCUUCCCUCCGAGAAACCCAAGAAUCUUCUCAGAGCAUCCCAGAGAUCCAGAAAGGUGCUAACUGAGCCACAGAGCUACACUUCGAAGCUCAGCCUGAUGAGCCAAACCCGGAAGGACCAGGUUGCUCAAGUUGAGUAUUGCCUCAGCCAACAUCCCUUAGCACUCUACCCAAGUUUUCAAGAAAGCAUCCCUGCAGAGCUUUUCAGGGAAGUCAUGAGCAUCCUGGACCCAGAGAUGCUUCCUACUGGCCAAGAACGUGAUGCCAACCUUGAUGGAGAACCCUGUCCUCUGUCUACAACGCCAUCCCUCUUGGAAAACAAAAGAAACAGGCAAACGAGGGCCAGACAGGUCAGCUGCAAGGACGCAGAAAACAAGGCUCCUUACACCUGGUUCUCCCCCACAAAAGUGGCAGCAAGAGAACUGAAGGCCAGGUUGAAUUACGUCCCUCCCCUCGACGAGAAUAUCAAGAGAGCCACCAAAGAACUUUGUGACGGAUUCAGUGCUCUAGGCGGAGAGAAGUACAACAUAGAUGAAGACACAGUCCUAAGUAUGUUUGAUGCGGGUUACGAGACCACCGUCCCGAUGUUUCAUCCGCUUCGUGUUGAGGAACUCCGUGAUCUACCAAUGGAUCUAAAGAAGCACCUUGGGAUGCUACCUUCUCGGGCUAUUAGAAAGAAACUUGAUCAGGAAAUGGAAUCUUCCAAGGACCCUUACCAAUCCAGAUGGAAGAAGAUCAGAUAUGGGGCUUGGUAUCUGGACCCCAAGACAUGGAAAAAACAGGAUGUGAAUGAACCUUUAGAAAACUCCAAAGAGAGCAGCAUCAAGAAUUCCAGAAGGUUCUUAAGGGAAGAGGAUGCCGAGCUCAUACAACUUCAUGGAACUCAUGCUUUCCGGGAAUUUCUUGUAGAAAAAGGUUAUCGGAUACCAGAGUUUUUGCAGCGGGUGCUGGAGGAACCGAAUGGGCUUCCACCCAAAGUGGGGGCUUUGAAGAACACCAAGGAGGAACCCCAGAGGUGCAAAGACUUCCAAGAAGAUUAUUCAUGAAUGAUGGGAAUCUAACACAAAGAAUCCAGGGACCAAGAGAAUGGAAGCUGACGAUAGCUCUAUCCGUGAUGUUAUUUGAGCAGGAAUUCUGAGGACGUGUACCUGAACGAAAUUUUCUGAGCAAUACCUGGGGAGGGUUCCCUACAAAAUCCUUUGCCUCUUUUUUUUUUU